AGUUAGAGAAAGUCAGGGUAACGGAGAGGCAGCACUUUAUCCAACUUUAUCCCUGAGACAUCCUUGUACUCUGCACUCAGGAUUCCACACUUUGGGGGGUUUCAGAAGACAAUUAUUAAAGCCAGAGAAGGAUGACUUUGAAUGUGACCAUGCGUCGCAGCACCACCACAGUCAAUGCACAACAGCGAUGGAGCAUCCCGGCAGAUGCAAAGAACAUCCAGGCUCAGAAGAAGCAGCACGCCCACCUCACCCGCAAAUACACCAUCAAUAACCCGGCCAUCAAUAACCCCACCAUCAAUAAUCCAGCAGAGUACUACCGAAGAAGCUGGUCAUCAGACUCUUCUGACUCUGUCAUCUCUUCUGAGUCUGGGAACACUUACUUCCGGGUUGUGCUAAUUGGGGAGCAAGGAGUUGGGAAGUCUACUCUGGCUAAUAUAUUUGCAGGGGUGCCCGAUUCUGUGGAUGGUGAUUGUGAUAUGUUAGGAGAAAACACCUAUGAAAGAACCUUGAUGGUCGAUGGAGAAAGCGCAACUCUGAUUCUAAUCGAUAUGUGGGAAAAUAAAGCUCAAGACAACUGGAUCCGUGAGCAGUGUAUGCAGGUUGGGGAUGCCUACAUAGUUGUCUACUCCAUCACUGACAGAGCAAGCUUUGAAAAAGCCUCAGAACUGCGCAUACAGCUCCGUCGGGCGCGGCAGACAGAAGACAUCCCCAUUAUACUUGUGGGCAAUAAAAGUGACCUUGUCCGCUGCAGAGAGGUCUCAGUAUCAGAGGGCAGAGCAUGUGCUGUGGUGUUUGACUGCAAAUUCAUUGAGACGUCAGCAGCCGUCCAACACAACGUGAAGGAACUCUUUGAAGGAAUUGUGCGGCAGGUGCGUUUACGGCGAGACAGCAAGGAGAAAAAUGAUAAACGACUGGCCUACCAGAAGAGGAGAGAAAGUAUCCCCAAGAAAGCCAGGAGAUUCUGGGGGAAAAUUGUAGCCAAGAAAAACAAAAACAUGGCUUUUAAGCUGAAAUCUAAAUCUUGCCAUGACCUCUCGGUACUAUAAAUGUAUGCGGACUUCCCAACAAGAGCAAAAUACGUUAAACUGAUAGGAAAUCAUUUAGCAAUUUUGCCAACCAAUAAUCAAUCUAUAUUAGAUUGGACAUGACCACAAUUUACUUGUGCUUUCCUCAGCCAUGGAUGCUACAACAGCCGCCUUGUGUCACCUUCAGCCAUGAUAUUCGGACUUGCCAUUGGGCUGAUUGUUCAGAGAAAUAUGAAACAAUUGCUUACAUUUGGGAUUUUGCAUUUUUUUUUGCAUCAUUUUGAUCAUCUGGGAACGGAGAGGGAGAAAGGAACUAAAUUGCACUGAAGAACCUCAUCGGCUGUCAUUCUGUAUUCUCAUCAGUGGGAGACACCAUCCUAUAAUUGUGCUGCAGUUAUUUCCUUAUGUCAUAUUUAUAUUGCCUUUUGUAUAGCAUUUAAAAAGAUUUGUACAUGCAACUCCAGUUCCUUAGGGGAGAAACUAUGCAAGCUAAUUUGUCAUUCAGCUAACACAGAGAAGGCCAAUGGGAAGCUGCUAUGAAACAUCAUCACCAGCAGGAGGACUUCAAGCUGCCUGUGCCUUAUCUAACAGUAUUUUAUUCUAAUCCUAAUUUAUAGGCAUAAUACUCACCAUACACAUCCAGUUUCCCAUUGUUCUUUUCGCUACACAGAAGACAAUAUUUUUAUUUAAAAAUAUUUUUUGACCCCCCCCCCACUCCAAUACUUUUUAUACUUGAUUAUUUUUGUCAAACUCAUAAUAUUGUUUUUUUAUCUUAAAACAAAGAAAGUGCACUUAUUUGAUGCUUUGGUAAUAUUACAACUGCCUUUUUUAUAUUGUUCUGUGUCCAUAAAUCUUCCAUGGAUGUGAUGAGAUAAACAGGGGCAGACUUUUGAUUGAAUUAUUUGGCUCUUAGACCUGAUGCCCAGUAGUGUCAACACAUCCAAACAUCUGGACCAAUCUUUUACAAACAAUCAUGGAUAAAAAUAAUGAUGUGCCUUUUGGUAAACCUCCUAUAUUAGGGUGUCAUACUGUGCAUUCUUGAUUCUGUUCAGAAAGCCUUGGCAGAAAACCAAUAGGGACAAUUUCUGCUCAAGCAGCAAUUUUUAUCCUUGGAUUCUGCUUGUUACCCAGCAAGGCUCCAUGUUGCAUAUGGAUACAGUGGGAAAGCUUUAGGCUUCUGUGCAAGUAGGUGAUGGUACGGGUAUAUGUUACAGUAUAUUAUGGGACAGGUCACUUGAAAUGCAAAAUCAAAAAUUUGAUUCUAGUACAUGAGGACGAGGACAUAAAUUGCAUAAAUUCAAGGGCAUGUAAAGUCUAAAAUAGAAUAAGGCUAGAAAUGCUGUAUUUUGUAUACUAAAUAUAAACAUGAACUUAUU